UAACAUAGAAGAUGCCGGAGCAAUCUAGACGACAUCAACUUUAACAGGCGGACCAUGACAAUAACCUCUGACUAACAGACAAUCAAAUUUAGACCGCUAAGGUUUCCUCCAGCAGUUCACCGGAACCAUACAUGAACCAUAUCACACGAUCACAUUCUCAUCACCAUUCAUUCAAUGCAACUUCAUUUCCUAACCGAUCAUGUUGGCAGUUACCUUAACGACUCCCUUUCUACCCGCCAAACCCUUUCACUCCCGCCAAUUUCGCUUCUACAAACACCGUCGACUCAAAAUCAAAUCCUCAAUCCCUUUUCCGUCGCCUUCACCGUUUGAAAAUCUCUUCAACACGUUAAUCUCUCAAUGCUCUACCGUUAAUUCCCUCAAUUUCAUCACUCCCGCUUUAGGUUUCGCUUCCGGCGCCGCUCUUUUCUUCUCGCAAUUCAAAUCGCCACACUCCGAUCUCGGCGAGUGGAUUCUAUUUACUUCUCCCACGCCGUUUAACCGAUUCGUGUUUCUUCGGUGUCCUUCGAUAUCGUUUAAGGACAGCCGCGGUGCCAACGAGAGGUUAGUGAAGGAAGAGAAGCAUUACGUAACCGUUAACACUGGGAAAAUUAAUGUGAAGAAGAGAGAGGUUUUGGAGGUUGAAGAAUUGAGUUAUCAGAGAGUGUGUUUGAAUUCGCCUGAUGGAGGUGUGGUUUCGUUGGAUUGGCCUAUUGAAUUGGAUUUGGAAGAGGAACGUGGUUUGGAUUCUACACUGUUACUUGUUCCUGGUACUCCUCAAGGGAGUAUGGAUGAUGACAUUAGGGUUUUUGUGAUUGAAGCUCUUAAGAGAGGGUUUUUCCCUGUUGUUAUGAAUCCUAGAGGAUGUGCUUCUUCACCUCUCACCACUCCCAGGUUAUUUACCGCCGCUGACAGCGAUGAUAUCUGCACAGCUAUAACUUAUAUCAACAAUGCAAGGCCAUGGACUACCUUGAUGGGUGUUGGCUGGGGAUACGGUGCAAACAUGCUGACAAAAUACCUGGCUGAAGUUGGGGAAAGAACACCACUGACAGCUGCUACAUGUAUAGACAAUCCUUUUGAUUUAGACGAAGCAACAAGAGCCUUUCCUUAUCACCAUGUUACUGAUCAGAAACUCACUCGUGGACUUGUAGAUAUUCUACAAACCAAUAAGGCACUAUUCCAAGGCAAAACAAAAGGUUUUGAUGUGGAAAAAGCUCUGUUGGCAAAAUCUGUACGUGAUUUUGAAGAAGCAAUAUCCAUGGUAUCAUAUGGCUUUGUGGAUAUAGAAGAUUUUUAUACAGAAUCCAGCACAAGAAAUAUGAUCAAGGAUGUUAAAAUUCCUGUUCUCUUUAUACAGAGUGAUAAUGGGAUGGUUCCAGUAUUCUCAGUUCCGCGGAAUCUGAUUGCAGAAAAUCCGUUCACAAGCCUGCUCCUAUGUUCUUGUUUACCAUCAAGAGUUAUGAAAGCUGACACGUCUGCUUUAUCAUGGUGCCAGCUAGUAACGGUCGAGUGGCUCGCAGCAGUCGAGCUGGGACUCUUAAAGGGCCGUCAUCCUCUUUUGACAGAUAUAGAUGUUACCAUAAAUCCCUCUAAAGGAUUAACUCUUGCUGAGGAAGUUAGGUCAGAUAAGAGUCCAAAAAUUGGAAAAUUGUUGGAAUUUACUCGGUCAGAUGCAUUGAAUGGAUACUCUAUUGACCCUACUAAAGAUUUGCUUGAAGAAAGUAAGAAUGAUGCUAGCCUCCACUAUAGCCCUCAACAAGAUCUACAACGGAACUUUGAGCAGGGAGAUAUGAGCUUAGAGAUAACAAAUGGCCCAUUACAGCAGACUAGCUCCACUGAUAGGGAUUUCAUUGGAGAGGAGAAUGUUGCAUCAGUGGAUACUGAACAGCAUGUUCUGCAGACAGCCCAAGUAGUAACAAAUAUGCUUGAUGUUACUAUGCCUGGUACUCUAACAGAAGAACAGAAGAAAAAGGUAUUAACUGCUGUGGGUCAGGGAGAGACACUCAUGAAAGCUUUGGAAGAUGCUGUUCCAGAAGAUGUUCGUGGAAAGUUAAAAGAUUCUGUUACUGGAAUUUUGCAUGCACGGGGCUCUGACUUGAAGUUUGAUAAAAUUCUUGGUAUUGCUCAGUCUCCUAAUUCACCAGGUCAAAAGAACCAAGAAAAAUUAACAGGAGCAUCGAGUGCAGAAGUUAGGGAAGAUCAGUCCUCUUCAGAUCAGAUGGAAAAUAUUGGUAGUUCUACAGAUGACUCUGGUAACCUUCCCAGCGGCAUGGGUGAGCCUGCAGAAGGAACAGAAACAGAAGUUAUUCUAGAGGAGAAACAUUCUACAAGUUUAGCUCCAUCUCAAGAAUCAAACAACGAAGUUGGUUCCUCCGUUUCUUCUAGGAAAGAAACUGGUGAGUCCAAAGACAAUAAUGAUAUGAACGAGGAUUUAAAAGGACGUGUUCCUGAUAUGGAUCAUAGCGAGAAGGGAUUAGAAACGGAUCCUAAAUCACAUACUCCCAACCAUCCUGAUGGGGCAGGUGGUUCUGAGGCAGAAGCUAUUACCAACCAUCCUGAUGAAGCAGGUGGCUCCGAAGUAGCAGCUGUUACUGAACAGGAAAGCCAAAACAGUGGAAUAGCUCAACCAGACACAGAGAAAAAUAAUAUCCCGAAGGCUGACCAGAAAAAUUUGUCUAGUGAUCAAAAGAAAACAGCAUCAACUGAUGCAAAAGAAGAGCCUCCUCCUCCUCCUAUGUCCUCUGAGCACCAAACAGUAGAAAGGGAAGAUAACGGUAAUGAGAAUAAAGAUAUCAAGAAUAUGCAGCAGCAAAUUUCACCACAACCUAACUCUUCCAAUUCAGAGUCUGGUGCCCCUGGCUUCAGCGUCUCUCAAGCAUUUGAUGCCUUAACAGGGAUGGAUGAUUCCACCCAAGUGGCCGUUAAUAGUGUUUUUGGCGUGAUAGAAAAUAUGCUAUCUGAGAUUGAGAAGAGCUCAGACAAUGAAGCUGGAGUCAAUAAUGGAAAAGAUGUUGAACACAAGUUAGAAGAACAACAAAAAAGUAAUGGCCAAAACAAUGAUUCCAACACAUCUGGCAAUCCUUCUGUAGAUGAUCACCAUGAUGGCAUGUCCUUGAGGAAUGAUCCUUGUCAUACGGAAGAACAACUAAAAAAGCUCAGCAUAAGUAAUGGAAGCGGUGUAUGUGAUUCUCAAAAUGGUUACUCUAAUGAUCACCCAGUUAAGAAGGCAAGCAACACAAAUAGUCAACUGAUUGACAAAAGAUUUCUCGUUGAUGAAUGGGAUAGACACAGACAUUUAAAUAAGAUGCCAGAGUUCAUAGUCGCAGGUUCCUAUGGGAUUGGGAACUCUCCGUACAAUAAAUACCUCCGGAAAUAUCUUGUUUCAGAUAUUCCUACCAAGUCACUUGAUUUAAACACAACAACUGCAUUAUUUCUUGACUAUUUCCCAGAAGAAGGUCAAUGGAAACUCCUUGAACAACAACCACAAAGUAUGGAAAUUGCUUCAGCUAAUGCUGAAAUUUAUGAUGGGGCUGGGAGCAAGAUGAAGGCCCACACAUCUGCAAAAUCUUUGAAUGAAAAACAGUGUAUUGAACCACCAUAUGUGAUAUUAGAUACUGAAAACCAACAAGAACUGGUUAGAGAGUACAUUACUACAGACACUGGGAACAAAAUGAUUCAUGCUGGUGAUGAGAGGUCCGAAGAGUCAAUCCAGUUUGUGAAAAACAAAGUACUAGAUUCUUUGAAGUUAGAAGUUGGUCGCAAGCUGAAUGCGGUGGAAAUGAUGAAAAUGAAACCAAAGCUUACUCGAGAUCUAGAACACGUGGCAAAUGCAGUUUCACUGGCUGUCGUAACUAGCAACGGGAACCUACUAUAUUCUCAAAGUCAAGGUCACGAUGUUGAGGGCUCUGUAGGAAAAGUUGCCACUCUUGACGGGGAGCAUAUCAUUAGGGCUAUUUCAUCCUCUGUUCAGCAAACAACCUUCCUAAGAAAAGUGAUGCCUGUUGGUGUUAUUGUUGGAUCUAUCUUAGCUGCCUUGAGGAAGUAUUUUAAUGUAGCUCCACGUUUAGAAAAUGGUCGGAGUAGAUCUUUGGUCCAUGAUGAUGGGGGGAAACCUGGCGAAAAGAAUUAUGUCUUUGUUAGUGCAACAGAGGCAGAUCAAGUACCUGAUGAGAAAAUCAGUUUGGACCAUCCCGUCAAGAAAGAGCUUGUAGAAAAGGUAUUGGAAGAUGCAAGCAAAAAUACUGUCAUGGUUGGUGCUGUUACAGCUGCUAUUGGGGCUUCUGCGUUACUCAUGCAACAGAAGGAUUCACAAGGAGGAAACGAAGCUUCUGAAAGCUCGAAAAUGAAAGAUUGCAAGCCAGAAGAACAUGAGGAAGUCUCUGAGAAACAGACUAACAUAAUCACAAGCCUUGCUGAGAAAGCCAUGUCAGUUGCUGGUCCAGUUGUACCGACCAAAAAAGGUGGUGAAGUGGAUCAAGAAAGACUGGUUACGAUGCUAGCUGAUUUAGGACAGAGAGGUGGCAUGUUGAGGUUAGUUGGAAAAUUUGCUUUGCUAUGGGGUGGUAUACGUGGUGCAAUGAGUUUGACAGACAGGAUCAUCUCAGUCUUGCAUUUUUCUGAGCGUCCAUUGUUACAGAGGAUAUUUGGGUUUGUUGGCAUGAUCCUUGUUCUAUGGUCUCCUGUUGCUAUUCCAUUGCUUCCUACAAUUGUUCAGGGUUGGACAACAAAUAAUCCUUCCAAAGUAGCCGAGUUUGCCUGCAUUAUUGGCCUGUACUCUGCUACAAUGAUACUUGUUAAGAUAUGGGGGAAAAGAAUCCAUGGAUAUGAAAAUGCAUUUGAACAGUAUGGGCUGGACUUGACAUCGGCACAAAAGUUAAUUGAAUAUUUGAAAGGCUUGGUCUGUGGAGUCGUCUUCAUUUUUUCAAUUCAUGCUGUGAAUGCAUUUCUUGGUUGUGCAAGUUUCUCUUGGCCUCAUAUUCUACCUUCUUUAGAUGCCAUGGCUUGGCUAAAAUUGUAUGGACAAAUGGGUCUGCUAAUUGCUCAAGGAAUUGUUGUGGCAAGUGCUAUUUCAUUGGUGGAAGAAUUGCUUUUUAGGUCAUGGUUGCCCCAAGAAAUUGCAGUUGAUCUUGGAUAUCGUAAUGGAAUCAUGAUUUCAGGGCUAGCAUUUUCUUUCUUGCAGAGGUCACUACAAUCAAUACCCGCACUUUGGCUUUUAUCUUUGUCUUUGUCAGGUGCCCGACAGAGAAAUGGUGGCAGCCUCUCUAUCACUAUCGGGCUACGUGCAGGGAUGUUGGCGUCCACUUUUAUCUUGGAAAAGGGUGGUUUUUUAACAUACAAUAAUAAGGGAAACAUUCCUCUUUGGAUAAUUGGGUCUCAUCCAUUUCAACCAUUCAGUGGUUUAGUUGGUUUGGUAUUUUGUUUAUCAUUAGCAAUAAUUCUCUACCCCAGACAGACUUCACAAAAAAGUGAAGCUCGGGAAUAAGUGGCAAAUUCAUGGAUAAGGGCAUUACAGUUAUAAAUUUAGUGAUGCAGCUUUUUAUAUGCCAAAGUUGGAAGUAGUUGGUACUUUGGGGGACGUUUGAUUCUACUAUACACAGUACAAGUUUUUCUUAUAAUGUUAAUUAGGGAGUAAAGAAUGGGGAAGAUAGUAAUUGAGGCAUACUAAGAAAGAUGACUCUUCGGAAAAUUGAAGGCUUCAGUUCUUGCUAGUAUCAUGCAAAAUGGACAUGUUGAGAGGUAGGCACCAAUGUGUCAUAGGUUUCAGAUUUAAGGUAUGAUGUACAAGGUCCUUUUUGUAAGUAGAAGGGUACAGAUUUGUAUAGAAUAGUGUGUUCUGUUUUUGUACUUUAUCAGCCAAUCCAAGUAUACAGUAGAUAUCUGUAAGUAGUUUCACUAGUUCUGUCAUUAUUUAUCAGAACGUGUAUAGUGUAUACUGUAUAGGACCCUAGGUGGGCAUAUCCAUAUUUGUUUUACACCUUUGCUUUCUACGUGCAUGUUUGAUUUCACAGUGGGAUUAAUAAAAUCAUGGUGAUUAUAAUCUCAACUCGAAACCAAACAUGCACGUAUGUUUACCAUUUUUAAAGGUAUGUAAUGUUAUAUUGUAACAAUAAAUCACUGAGUAACUCCAAUAUUUUAAAAAUCAAUAAGAAUACAUGUUACUUAUUCAGUUA